GGAACUCUACCCCAAUGUCGGCCCCAAAAGACGUGCAAAAAGUUUAGUUUAAACGAAAAACACUUGACAGAAGUCUAUCACUACGAAAAAGUGUAUUACUCUAACACAAGCGAUUGGUUUGCCAUCGAUGGCACGAAAGCCCACUUCCGGUGCAAAGACGAAACACUAAUAUUUGUGGGCAAAGAGUAUCGUAUUUGUGGUAAAGAUGGCGAAUGGAGUGAUACUCAUCCCAAUUGUCUCGACACUGACAAAGCAAUUCUGGUAUUCUGUGUCCUAAGGAUGAAGAGAAUGCAAAGAAACAAAUUGCAGGCAAACGGUAUGAGAGAGUCAAACGUUUACGACGACUACGACAUCCAUGGCGUCGGUCUUUACGGCAAGAAUAUGGACGAAAUGUACGAAACGGUCGACGAGACCACUGAAGACAGAUAUGCGGACAAUAGGCAUAUGCAAAGGGCGGCGGCGGUGGCGGCGCCCGUCUAUACCGAUAUGAGUAGCGGUCCCUAUAAAGUCAAUUAUAACGAUAAAAAUGUUUACGACGAUUGUAUUGAUUACGACAGACAUCAGCCAAAUGCUAGUGAUUUAGACGAUUCCUAUGUAGUGAUGAAAGUACGC